CACGGGCCAUAUUUUAAAUCUCGUCUGUACCCUAGCGACCUCUAGCUUUGAAGAGAAGAGGUUGUUCUAGCUGGCACAAAAAGCAAGUAAAACAGCAAAGACAAACGAAACAGAAUAUCGGUUUCCCGUUGGCGGUUAGUUUUAUCGCUUCCAUCUUCCAUUACAACAAGGAGGUAGGAAGAAUUACCGUUAUAAAAGUAGACAAAUUUGUAUUAUGGUUUCAGGUGUGAAAUUGUGUGGGAAGCAUUUGUAAUUUUUUGACUUGCUACUAAACUGUUAUGUGUACAAGUGUUCCAAAAAUUAGUGAUUGUAAUUAGUUUGUUGCGGUGUUUGAAAUGUGCUGUAAUAAUUGUGUGCUCGUAAUACAUGUAUACUGAGUUUUAUUUACUUUAAAGCAUUCGUUAAUUAUUUUGGAUCUAUUGAUUCAAAGAAGUUGCAGAAGAAAGUCUUCUUGAAAAAUUAGAAAUGUCAAGUAAACGUAAGAAGCCGCCAACAAAAAGAGGCCCAGCCAAACGUGGUAAAAGAAAAGAAGAAAGCGACGUUGAUUCAGAUUUAAGUGAAACGAGUGACAAUGAAAACACUACUCAACCUGACGAAGUUCUCAUUGCCGGACAUGGAGACGCUCUCGAUGAACCAACACAGCUACCUCAGGAGUUACUUAAAACAUUAAUCAAACCUGCCGGUCAGCUCCUUAUGUUUGGCCUUGUCAAUUGGGAUCAUACUUCAAACAGAACACCUAAAGAAGUGAAAGUCAAAUUGCAUCCAAACUUGUAUGUCCCACAUCGUUUCUUGGAUGUUAAGAUUCGACUUGCCGUCAGUGGUUGCGUGUCAACUCACAGUGUACUUAUUACUGAAGAGGGAAAAGCAUUAACAUUUGGACGUAAUAAGUUUGGUCAGUUGGGUUUGGACCAUAUUGAAACAAAGGAAGUUCCAACUGUAGUUCCAGUGUUAGAAAAUAUACACAUAAUUAGUGCAGCCUGCGGUCGCAAUCAUACGCUCUUUCUGACCGACACAGGUACUGUGUAUGCAUGUGGUGAUAACCGCUCAGGUCAGUGUGGUGUCGGAAAUCUACAACCCAAUAUCUUAACUCCUACUCGGAUUAAUUAUAGAGGACCACCAAUUGUGAAAGUAGGUUGUGGAGCAGAAUUUUCGCUAAUUCUGGAUAUAAAAGGUGGUUUACAUUCCUUUGGUUUGCCUGAAUAUGGUCAGUUGGGCCAUAAUACUGAUGGCAAAUAUUUCAAGACAACCACCAAGCUUUCUUUUAAUUUUGAAACUAGCCCCAAACGUAUUGUAUUAUACAUUGAGAAAAGCAAAGAUGGCCAUGUAGCUCCAGUAGAUGUAACUGAAAUCGUUGAUUUCAGUUGUGGACUUAAUCAUACGGUCGCAAUUGAUAGCAAAAAAAGAGCUUUUUCGUGGGGAUUUGGUGGUUUUGGUCGUUUAGGUCAUGCUGAAACUAAAGAUGAACUUGUCCCACGAUUAAUAAAAUAUUUUGACACCCAAUCGAAGGGAGUCCGAUCUGUAUAUUGUGGUUCCACUUACAGCCUCGCUGUAACCGAUUUUGGAGCAUUAUUUAUGUUUGGUCAAACCAAACGUACAGGAGAAGCCAAUAUGUAUCCAAAACCUAUUCAGGAUCUCACUGGUUGGUCUAUCAAUCACGUUGGAGCGGGGAACACAUCAGUUAUUGUAUCUGCCGACGACUCUGUCAUAUCUUGGGGUGCAGCACCAACAUACGGUGAGUUGGGACUAGGAGAGCUCACCAAAUCAUCUACAAGUCCAAAAGAGGUUUCAAGGUUACAAGGAGUUAAGGUAAUAUCCUUGUCGAUGGGAUUUGGUCAUACGUUGCUUCUAGCACAAAAUGAGACAUCGGAACAGAAAGCGAAGCUGGACACUUUCGAUCUUUAUGAACCAUAACUCAUUUCAGGAAACAUAUAUGUAACAUAUGUACUCCAUCUUAGAAUAUAUGUACUACAACUGCCCUUUUUGAUUUCCUCGUUUUUUUUUAGAUAUAGCAUUUAUACUUCAGUAUUUUUAUAUUAUAUUAUUAUUUACGUAGAGUCCGUCUGAUGUAUGUAAUUUAAAUAAAUUUUUGUAUCAGUUUCGAUAUUUCAAUAAACAUUUAUAGAAUC